GCAUGCUGAGGCGGAAAAGUAUAUACCUUAGUUCUUUAGCCUAACUAACCCCUUUCCAACGUAACCAUGUUGUCUUUGAGACCAAUUGUAUUUUCCCAUUUUCAGUUGAGCAGAGGAACAAUCCUCAUCCCUCUCACCUCUAAGUAUUUAACUACUCCUUUAAUUAAGUCUUCCACAAGUAGUAAACUUCUCAAUUUUAAAUCUUCCCCUUUUCUCUCAUCUCCUCUUUCCGCUUCCUCACCUUUCUCUACCUCUCCCAUGGCUUCCGCCUCUCAAAAACCCUUGCAUUAUCCUCUCACUCGUCGUGAUGAUUCCGUCGUUGAUGAUUACUUCGGCGUCAAAAUCUCCGAUCCUUAUCGAUGGCUUGAAGAUCCCGAUUCUGAAGAAACGAAGCAAUUUGUGGAUAAUCAAGUGAAGCUAACUGAUUCUGUGCUUGCAGAAUGCGAUACCAGAGAUAAGCUUAAGGAAAAGAUAACAGAACUUUUCGACUAUCCACGGUUUUAUCCGCCAUUUAAGAAAUGUGAUAAGUACUUUUACUUCCAUAACUCUGGUCUCCAACCGCAAAGCGUUCUCUAUGUUCAGGAUAGUCUGGAUGGAAAACCAGAGGUGUUGCUUGAUCCUAAUCAGCUUAGUGAGGAUGGAACAGUGGCUUUGAGCGCUUGUUCCGUUAGUGAGGAUGCAAAAUAUUUUGCAUACUCUUUGAGUGCAAGUGGGAGUGACUGGGUAACAAUCAAAGUAAUGAGAAUUGAAGACAGGGGAGUUGAGCCUGACACUCUAUCCUGGGUUAAGUUUAGUGACAUUUCCUGGACGCAUGACAAUAAAGGGUUCUUCUACAACCGAUACCCACCUCCCAAUGAAGGGCAAAUAUCAGAUGCUGGAACUGAGACAAAUUCUAACCUUAAUCAAGAGGUGUAUUAUCAUUUUCUUGGGACUGAUCAGUCGGAGGACAUUUUGUGCUGGAGAGACCCUGAGAACCCCAAACACACAUUUGGGGUAGAAGUAACAGAUGACGGAAAGUAUGUUGUUCUGUACACUUCAGAGAGCUGUGACCCAGUGAAUAAAGUCUACUAUUUAGAUCUGACAACACUUCCCAAUGGGCUUGAAGGAUUUCGUGGGGGAAAAGACUUGCUUCCUUUCACAAGGCUCAUUGAUAGUUUCGAUGCAGCUUAUGGGGUUGUUGCUAAUGAUGGCACAGUUUUUACAUUUCGAACUAAUAGGGAUGCUCCGAGAUAUAAGUUAGUUCGUGUCGACUUGAAGGCUCCUGAUAUAUGGACUGACAUUAUUCCUCAGUCCGAAAAGAAUGUUCUUGAAUCAGCCUUUGCAGUAAAUGGAAACCAUCUUCUGGUAUGUUAUUUAAGUGAUGUGAAGCAUGUUCUUGAGGUUAGAGACCUUGAACAUGGUUCUCUUUUGCAUCACUUACCCCUUGACAUUGGGUCAGUUGACGACAUUUCUGCAAGGCGCAAAGACAGUGUGGUGUUUUUUAGGUUUACAAGCUUUCUGUCUCCGGGCAUAAUUUACCAAUGUGACUUAAAGUCAAAUGUUCCAGAUUUAAAGAUAUUCAGAGAAACUGUUGUCCCCAAAUUUGAUCGUGAUGAGUUUCACGUCAAUCAGGUUUUUGCUACCAGUAAAGAUGGCACUAAGAUACCAAUGUUCAUAGUUACAAGAAAAGGAAUUGUUUUGGAUGGAUCACACCCAUGUCUCUUAUAUGGUUACGGAGGAUUCAACAUAAGCAUCACGCCAUCCUUUGGCGUCAGUCGCAUUGUUCUUUUAAAGCACCUUGGUGCUGUCUUCUGCAUUGCUAAUAUCCGUGGUGGUGGUGAAUAUGGAGAAGAGUGGCACAAGGCAGGAUCCCUUGCGAAGAAGCAGAACUGCUUUGAUGACUUUAUCUCUGCUGCUGAGUUUCUCGUUUCAAAUGGGUAUACUCAGCCAAAAAAGUUGUGUAUAGAAGGUGGAAGUAAUGGUGGCCUUCUUGUCGGUGCUUGCAUUAAUCAGAGACCUGACAUUUUUGGCUGUGCUCUGGCUCAUGUUGGUGUUAUGGACAUGCUUCGAUUCCACAAAUUCACAAUUGGCCAUGCUUGGACAUCUGAUUAUGGUUGCUCUGAUAAAGAAGAAGAAUUCCACUGGCUUAAAAAAUACUCGCCUCUACACAAUGUUAGGAGACCAUGGGAGAUGUCUUCUGAUAGCUCUGCGCAGUACCCUGCUACUAUGCUAUUGACAGCCGAUCAUGAUGAUCGUGUGGUGCCUUUGCACUCACUCAAGUUACUGGCUACAUUGCAACAUGUUCUUUGCACAAGCUUGGAAAAUAGCCCUCAAAGGAACCUAAUCAUUGGUCGGAUUGAGUGUAAGGCUGGUCAUGGAGCAGGACGCCCAACGCAAAAAAUGAUUGACGAGGCGGCAGAUCGGUAUAGCUUCAUGGCUAAGAUGGUAAAUGCAUGUUGGAUUGAUUGAAUGGCUACACCGAAUUACAGAGAAGUGUGGUUUAAAUUUGGAUAUUUUUUCAAUUUGUGAUUGAUGAGGACUUUUUUUCAAAAGUUUUAUGUAUCUCAGUUGGUUUCUGGGAGUUUUUAGAGCUUUUAUUGGGUAAAUUUAGUGUGUUCUAUUGGUCAUUAGAAUUUAGAAAGUGGCCAAUUGUUAGAGGUUCAAGUUAGAUCAAGUUCAUUUACGAUUAAGACAAAAGAUUUACUCCUAUAAUUUUUCGAUUUUAAAUUAUUAUAAAAUAAUAAAAUGUCUCAAAUCAUGUAUAUUUAUCAUGUAGAGGUAGAUGUUUUCUAAAAGUUGGGCAUAAUCAACUUUUAUUUUUACACGAAUAACAUUGUGUAUAUUAAACCCUCAAACUUCAUUUAAGUAGAAAAUUUAAUAGAAGUUGCUUAAUGUCUAAUGAAAUAAUUUUUUUAGUGAUUCAUAUUGUUAUUUAUUAUGUGAAGUUAAAUGAUGUUUGCUAAGAACAAGGCAUAAUUAACCUUUAAUUCUACAAAAAUAAAGUUGCCUAUAUUAAACCCAAAAACUACAUUUAAGUAGAAAGUUUAAAUACAAGCUGCUUAAUUUCAUCAUAUGAUGAAAUAAUUAUUGUAGUGAUUCAUAUUGCUAUUCAAUUAACAUCACGAUACUACAAGACAGUCAAUUAGCAAGGAUUACAAUGUCUUUUGCAGUAUACAAAUUGACAUUUUCAUCUUAGAGGUCAGAAAAGCAAAACCAUUUUUUAUAAUAAUAAUAAUAAUAAUAAUAAUAAUAAUAAUAAUAAUAAUAAGAAUAAUAAUAAUAAUAAUAAUAAGAAUAAUAAUAAUAAUAAUAAUAAUAAUAAUAAUAAUAAUAAUG